CAACAACUAACAAAAUACUCGUGUAAAAAAUGCUGAAAAUGUCGGCGAUGAACAGAAAAUUAAUUCAAAACCUCGCCGAGACGUUAUGCAAGCAAGUCAAACAUUUUGAUAAGAGAGAGACGGAGUGUCUAAUACGGCUGUUCAGCGGUCUGCUGGGAGAGCAGGCAGAGAGAAGAGCGGCUCAUGGACUGGACCGAGUCAGGUUUAGACACAUACUGCACAACACAUUCGGCAUGACCGACGACAUGAUGAUGGACAACGUAUUUCGGGCCUUUGAUAAGGACAAUGAUACCUACAUAAGUGUCAGAGAAUGGGUGGAAGGAUUUUCUGUCUUUUUGCGAGGCACACUGGAUGAGAAAAUCAAAUUCUGUUUUGACGUAUACAACCUGCACGGGGACGGAUACAUCUCACGGGAGGAGAUGUUACAAAUGCUGAAAGACAGCCUCAUCAGACAACCCACUGAAGAGGACCCUGAUGAGGGGAUCAAGGACAUUGUGGAGAUUGCGCUGAAGAAAAUGGAUUAUGACCAUGAUGGGAAAGUGUCUUAUUCUGAUUUUGAGAAGACAGUCAAAGAUGAAAACCUUUUACUUGAAGCUUUUGGCAACUGCCUCCCAGAUGCAAAGAGCAUACUGGCUUUUGAGCAACAUGCAUUCCAGGAACAACAUGGACACUGAACAGAACCACUUAGCUUUUUAUGGAAAAAAAAUAAAGUAAUAAGAGAAAAGAUAUUUACACA